CAUGCAAGGCAAGCACUCUAACACUAAUCCAUACUCCCAGCCCUGAUUUUUACCUUCUUAGGUUAAAAAUUCUAAAGCAAAGAUUAGUAAUCUUAAACUUUCUCCUUAUUUUAUUUCUCAAGAUUAGUAAGAAUAAGCCAUACCAUGGAUCCCCCAAAAUGUUGUUUUUAAAGAAAGGAAGAGCUGGCUGAAGUUAAAUAAUCUUCCCUCCUGUUGACAUUGUGCUGUGUUUUUAGGUACUUAACAUCAGUGAGUAACAUCCAACUUCCUGAAGUGGCAUAUUCCCUCACUUUUAAACUCUUAAGUUUAUAUAUUUUUUAAUUAGAAUAGGACUUUCUGAAAAUUUUGUGUAUUCUAUCCAAUGGAUCAGUUAAAAAUAAAGCUCUUUUUCUAGGGCUGUUUGUAGUUUUAGUUUUGAUGAUGAACUAUAUAUAUAUUUACUUUAUACCUAUAAUUCUUAUCCUGGUGUUUCAAAUUUUGUAACUAUUUCUUCAUAAACUUCAGCAUGUAACAACUUUUAUCUUUUAAACUAUAUUGUAUGUUCCACUAUCCUUUUAUUUAGUGAAGUGUCCUUUUUUUAAAAAAUAUUAGAUCUUGUGUGGACAGUAAUGACCUCACGUUUCCGAUUGCCUGCUGGCAGAACCUACAAUGUACGAGCAUCAGAGUUGGCCCGAGACAGACAGCAUACAGAGGUUGUUUGCAACAUCCUUCUUCUGGAUAACACUGUACAAGCUUUCAGAGUUAAUAAGCAUGAUCAGGGACAAGUUCUGUUGGAUAUAGUCUUCAAGCAUCUUGAUUUGACUGAACGAGACUAUUUUGGAUUGCAGUUGGCUGAUGAUUCAACAGAUAAUCCAAGGUGGCUGGAUCCAAACAAACCAAUAAGGAAGCAGCUAAAGAGAGGAUCUCCCUACAGUUUGAACUUUAGAGUCAAAUUUUUUGUAAGUGACCCCAACAAGUUACAAGAAGAGUAUACAAGGUACCAGUAUUUUUUGCAAAUAAAACAAGACAUUCUUACUGGAAGAUUGCCUUGUCCUUACAAUACUGCUGCCCUUUUAGCUUCGUAUGCUAUUCAGUCUGAACUUGGAGACUACAGUCAAUCAGAAAACUUGCCAGGCUACCUCUCAGAGUAUUCUUUCCUUCCUAGUCAACCUCAAGAUUUUGAAAAGGAAGUUGCAAAAUUGCAUCAACAACAUAUAGGUUCAUCUCCUGCAGAAGCAGAAUUUAAUUACCUAAAUACAGCACGUACCUUAGAACUCUAUGGAGUUGAAUUCCACUAUGCAAGGGAUCAAAGCAACAAUGAAAUUAUGAUUGGAGUGAUGUCAGGAGGAAUUCUGAUAUAUAAGAACAGGGUACGAAUGAAUACUUUUCCAUGGUUGAAGAUUGUAAAAAUUUCUUUUAAGUGCAAGCAGUUUUUUAUUCAACUUAGAAAAGAGUUGCACGAAUCUAGAGAAACAUUACUGGGAUUUAAUAUGGUGAACUACAGAGCAUGUAAAAAUUUGUGGAAAGCAUGUGUAGAACAUCACACAUUCUUCCGUUUGGACAGACCACUUCCACCUCAAAAGAAUUUUUUUGCACAUUAUUUUACAUUAGGUUCAAAAUUUCGGUACUGUGGCAGAACUGAAGUCCAGUCAGUUCAAUAUGGCAAAGAAAAAGCAAAUAAAGACAGGGUGUUUGCAAGAUCCCCAAGUAAGCCAUUAGCACGGAAAUUAAUGGAUUGGGAAGUAGUAAGCAGAAAUUCAGUAUCUGAUGACAGAUUAGAAACACAAAGCCUUCCAUCAAGAUCUCCACCUGGAACUCCUAAUCACCGAAAUUCUGUAUUCACACAAGAGGGGAACCGGGUACGACCAUCUUCAGUUGGUCAUUUGGUAGACCAUGUGGUUCAUCCUUCUGCCAGUGAAGUUUUUGUGAAUGAAAGAUCUCCAUCAUCAACACAAGCUAAUAGCAUUGUUCUGGAAUCAUCACCAUCACAAGAAACACCUGAAGAUGGGCAGCCUCCAGCUUUACCACCCAAACAAUCUAAGAAAAAUAGUUGGAACCAAAUUUAUUAUUCACAUUCUCAACAAGAUCUGGAAAACCAUACUAAUGAAACAUUUGAUGUUCCAUCUUCCCCUGAAAAGUCUACACCUAAUGGUGGUAUCCCACAUGAUAAUCUUGUUCUAAUCAGAAUGAAACCUGAUGAAAAUGGAAGGUUUGGAUUCAAUGUAAAGGGAGGAUAUGAUCAGAAGAUGCCUGUGAUUGUGUCCCGAGUAGCACCAGGAACACCUGCAGACUUGUGUGUCCCUCGAUUGAAUGAAGGAGACCAAGUUGUACUGAUUAAUGGUCGGGACAUUGCAGAACAUACUCAUGAUCAAGUUGUCCUGUUUAUUAAAGCUAGCUGUGAGAGACAUUCUGGGGAACUUGUGCUUCUAGUUCGACCUAAUGCUGUGUAUGAUGUAGUGGAAGAAAGGCUAGAAAAUGAGCCAGAUUUCCAGUACAUUCCUGAGAAAGCCCCACUAGAUAGUGUCCAUCAAGAUGACCACUCCCUUCGGGAGUCAAUGAUCCAGUUAGCUGAGGGUCUUAUCACUGGAACUGUCCUGACCCAAUUUGAUCAACUAUAUCGGAAAAAACCUGGAAUGACAAUGUGUUGUGCCAAAUUACCUCAGAACAUUCCCAAAAAUAGAUAUAGAGAUAUUUCACCUUAUGAUGCUACACGGGUUAUUUUAAAAGGCAGUGAGGACUACAUCAAUGCAAACUAUAUAAAUAUGGAAAUUCCUUCUUCAAGUAUUAUAAAUCAGUAUAUUGCUUGUCAAGGUCCAUUACCACAUACUUGUACAGAUUUUUGGCAAAUGACGUGGGAACAGGGCUCCUCCAUGGUUGUAAUGUUGACCACACAAGUUGAACGUGGCAGAGUGAAAUGUCACCAAUAUUGGCCAGAUGCAACAGGAAGCUCAUCCUAUGGCUGCUACCAAGUCACUUGCCACUCUGAAGAAGGAAACCCUGCCUAUAUCUUUAGGAAGAUGACCCUGUUUAACCAAGAGAAAAAUGAGAGUCGUCAACUCACUCAGAUCCAGUACAUAGCCUGGCCUGACCAUGGAGUCCCAGAUGACUCAAGUGACUUUCUGGAUUUUGUUUGUCAUAUACGUAACAAGAGGGCUGGAAAAGAAGAACCUGUUGUUGUUCAUUGCAGUGCUGGGAUUGGAAGAACUGGGGUUCUUAUUACUAUGGAAACAGCCAUGUGUCUCAUUGAAUGCAAUCAACCAGUUUAUCCACUAGACAUUGUAAGAACAAUGAGAGAUCAACGAGCCAUGAUGAUCCAAACACCUAGUCAAUAUAGAUUUGUAUGUGAAGCUAUUUUGAAAGUUUAUGAAGAAGGCUUUGUUAAACCCUUAACAACAACAUCAAAUAAAUAAGAAAAAGAAAGGUCUAGGAUAUGUGUUGGAAAACUGCUUUUCAUUAUAAUCACAGUGCCAUAAAACUGUUCACUGGAAAUGGCAUCUCACAAAAAAUGAAGAACUCAAAAAAACUUUGAAAACCUUCAGCACUAUUGCACUUUAUGUUUUAAAAAAUGUCACUCUUUGGAGGUGGACAACUCAUGUGUUGGAAGACUAUUUCAUGCCUUGCUCUGAACAAAUAAUAGCAGUAUGUUCGGGGUAAUUUGUAAAAUUUUGUGGUGGUGCCAUGCAGUUCCCUUUUGGUAAAAUUACCACAAACAAGCUCAGAAUUCUCAUCAUCUCUGUUGUACCUGUAACCUGAAAGCAAGAAGAAACAAACAUCCGGAAUCAUCUCUGGCCUUUGCCAGUGGUUCAUUUACUUACUAAACUGGUGACCAGAUUUUAUUUUUAAAAUGUUAGCAAUACCAUUCUCGAUAUUAGCCAAUACACUGCCUAUGGAUGCAGCACAUCGUUCCCUGCACACCCCUGUAAAGACCUGCUGUUCAGAAGAAGAAAGGUGGAAUUUACUUUUCCAGGAAAUGCUGCACAUUGUCCAUUUACCAGCAUCUUAUAGAAAAUAGAAAGAUGAAUCUACAAAUUUUCUUGGAUUUAGUAAUGUAACUUAUAUUUAUCAUAAAGUUGGCUUAUUCCAAAUCAUGUGAUUUCACAUACUUGAUGUAAAGGAAUGCAUGCAUUGUGUCUUAACCCCUUAAGUGCCUUGAGACAUCUUUGUUUGUCUAAUGAAAAGGCACUCAUAUGACCCCACUAGGAGGUAUGUAUGUAUAUUGUACAUUCUUACAUUUUUAUGCAUUUCAAACCAGGUCACAUUUUCAAAAACAGCUUCUUGUAUUGAGAGUUAUACAGUCAAAAAAUGGCAAGGAAAUCCUGUCUUACUCAGUACUUGUAUUUUGUCAUAAGCCAAGGUAAAGUUUGUAUUCUGUUGAAUGCACGCUCUGCUGCUAUGAAAUUGUUCAAACUCUAUACAUUCCUUUAUUGAAGGACGGGUUAUAGUUCAGCAGCUUACCUUUAAAACAUGCUUUAUUCUUCAAGAUUUUGUACUGCUUUUUCCCUAAUGUUAGAAGUAAUGCCUGAUCUGCACAUUAGAGAUAAACCUAUUGAUACCCUGUUAAAGUAAAAGAGUAGAUAAUGGGUUGUAAUUUAGACCUAUCUAUAGCUAAGGCCCUUAGCACUUAAUUCAGUAAUAGCAAGCUUUCUCCCCUUUGGUGUUUUGGUUGGGAUUCUUGAAAACAAAUACUAUUGGCUUAUUUUUACAUGUAACUCUCAGUAAUAAAAUGAGAGUGUUGUCAUUUUUGUGUAUAAUUUAAUUACCCCAAUUUAUACUUACUGUUAUAAGCAUGGAAAUAGGGAGUUUUUUGAUUGUCCAGCCUGACUGAGGAUCCGAUUCCCAUGAAGAAUAUGUAAUUUUCCUCUUCAGGAUUUUUGCUUGCUUGUAAGUCUACAGAAACAGAAUCUUAAUAUUGCCCAGAUUAAUAUAAGUGAAAUUUGCUCACCUCCUCAAAUGUUUUAUAUAAUUAUUUUAUAUGGAUAUAAUUAAAAUAGAUUUAUUUGUUAGUGUCUCAAUAUUUCUGUAUAGCUUUGAUAAAGUUUAGAACCAAUGGUAGAUACAUUGGAAUGUCAGGAACAAUGUACAUUUAAAAAUCUUUAGUAAAAUCUAAGUGAUCUCAUUUCACAUAUUCAAAAUGUUUGACAAUAAAUUUCAGGAAGUUAAGCCUUUAAACAUUAAUAACCAAGAUACCAACUAAAUUAUCAUCAAGGUUUUUUUAGACAGAAGUAGAUAUAACCUUUAUUUCAAAAGGAAUUCUGUAAAUUAAUUUCAGUCUUGUUUGAACAUUCCAUUCUCUAUCAAUAGACAAAUGUAAUUUAGGCUGCUAUACUAUAUCAUAACAAAUUGAAAAGGAAAAUCCUAUUGACAUCCACAUAGUAAGUAAAUAUUUGGGCAGUUGUUUUAGCUUGAAUAAAAUUAAAAGUCCUACCUGUAUGGACAGAAUUAUGACAAUUGUAAACAAAAAAACUAUAGACAUAGAGAAAUGUCAUGGUUCACUUGUUCAUUGAUUGUGGAUUUGUUUACACUUCUGGGGUUAACUGUUUGCAACAAGUGCUGCUGCCAUUCUGAAUCAUUGUCUUUAAAUGUAUUAGAAGUGUCGACUUGCAUUUAAAUUCCUCCUAAACUUUUCUAGGAGCUACUCUCUAUCAGUAUUUUUGUGUGCAAAAUGGGUCCUUUUCUAAAAAUGUGUUUACUAGAAUCGUAAAUUUAAAAUAUCCUUCAGUUUCUUAAAUUAAUAUACUAAUUAUGCUUUCCUAUUUAUCUAUCAGAUAAGACUCCCCAUUGUACCUAAGAAUUGUUAAACUUAUUUGUCCACAAUCUACAUGGAUUUCUAAAAAUCAUAGUAGCUUUCAUAUACCAAAUAGUUUAGAUUCCCAUCCUUAUCAAUGUAAUACUAUGAUGAAAAGCCUGAUUUCUUGUAUCUUAAGCUGUUCUCUUCCUCCACACACCCCUAAGGGACCUCACACCUAAGAAGUGUUAGUGAAAAACCUCUCUCUGAUUUAAUGGUUUUCCUUGUUAAGUGUUUGCUAAGCAUCUAAUUUAUGUCAGCACUAUGGGGAUAAGGAGAGAAAAGGAAUAUUUUGGAGUAUACUUUACAUUUACAAAAGAAACUGGCUGUAACUCUUAAAGCAGUGCAGCCUUUCAAAAUGAAAGCAGAGUAAAUAACCGAAGAAGAAUGUCUAUGUGGCCAGUCAGGACAAGUAAGAAGAAAGGGUGGCUGAUCAUUUUGAUUUAUUGUGUUGAAACAAAAUCAGAUCAUAAAUUUAUGAUAAGCCAUAAAGACAGUUUCUUGAAAGUUUCAGGUAUAAUACAAAUGUAUACAUAGAUACUUUAAUGCAUUUAUUUAUAUGUGUAUUUCAUAAAGGCACAGCGCAACAAACAGAGAAUGAUCUAUUUUAGCUACUAUUACUGUUUGUCAUCUGUUGCCAGGUUCGUUUGGGUGGGGGAUUGUUGGUUUGUAUUUUUUGUUGUUGGUCAUAGGGCUUGAACUCAGGGCCAGGGUGCUGUCCCUGAGCUCUUUGUUCGAGGCUAG